AUGCUCGGCCAGCUGUCGCACUCGCUUACAAGUUUUUACACUGCCACUUUUGUCAACUUGACAUUCGUUCUUGCGCCCACUGGCGCCUACAUUCGCUCCCCCCCGCUCGUCUUUCGUUUUGCCUUUGGCAAAUUUCCCACCUUCGCUCUUUGUGGUGUUCGCACGACCUCCGCUCUCUUCUGGCCCCUUCCGUUCUUUUUCUCUCCCCUCCCCGCGGCCGCCACCGCCAUCGUGGCCACCGCCGCCGCCGCCACCCUCGUGUCCACCCCGGCGGGUGUCCCUCGUCGCCCGGGCCUUCGGGUCCGGUUCGACGUCCCCGAGGACGUCGACAACAACGACGACGAGGAGCGCCGGCCCCCCGUCGACGACAACGACGGCCGGCAGUCGUCGUCUCCGGCGCAACGCCGGCGCGUGCGGUCUGCGCCGGAGGUGCACUGCCUGGCGUCGGGGGAGCCGGUGCGUCCCUGGUGGAUGGAGAGGAAGAGGAGGAUGAGGUGA